AUGAUUCCGGUGGCGGAGUUCAAGCAGUUCACGGAGCAGCAGCCCGCCUUCAAGGUGCUCAAACCUUGGUGGGACGUGCUGGCCGAGUACCUCACCGUGGCCAUGCUCAUGAUCGGGGUCUUCGGGUGCACCCUCCAGGUGACGCAGGACAAGAUAAUCUGUCUGCCCAGUCAUGAACCCCGGGAGAAUUUAUCUGAAGCCCCGUGCCAACAGCUGCUGCCCCGGGGGGUCUCAGAGCCCAUGGGGGACCUCCGGGAGUUGAGCGGCCUCAAGAACAACCUGGACCUACAGCAGUACAGCUUCAUCAACCAGCUCUGCUACGAGACGGCCCUCCACUGGUAUGCCAAGUACUUUCCCUACUUGGUUGUCAUCCACACGCUCAUCUUCAUGGUCUGCACCAGCUUCUGGUUCAAGUUCCCCGGCACCAGCUCCAAGAUCGAGCACUUCAUCUCCAUCCUGGGCAAGUGUUUUGACUCGCCAUGGACUACGCGGGCACUGUCCGAGGUCUCCGGGGAGAACCACAAGGGCCCUGCCGCCACCACAGCUGGGCAGGCGACAGUGACCUUGACCACAACGGCAGGGGAGGGCGAGAGGGAGAAGGUGUUGCCAGAGCCUGAGAAGGUGGUGACAGAGCCCCCAGCUGUCACCCUGCUGGACAAGAAGGAGGGGGAGCAGGCCAAAGCCCUGUUUGAAAAGGUCAAGAAAUUCCGUGUGCACGUGGAGGAGGGUGACAUCCUGUACACCAUGUACAUCCGGCAGACGGUGCUCAAGGUCUGCAAGUUCUUGGCCAUCCUGGUCUACAACCUGGUCUAUGUGGGGAAGAUCAGCUUCCUGGUGGCCUGCAGGGUGGAGACCUCGGAGGUGACGGGCUACGCCAGCUUCUGCUGCAACCACACCAAAGCCCACCUCUUCUCCAAGCUGGCUUUCUGCUAUAUCUCCUUCGUGUGCGUCUACGGGAUCACCUGUCUCUACACCCUCUACUGGCUCUUCCACCGGCCCCUCAAGGAGUACUCCUUCCGGUCAGUUCGGGAGGAAACUGGCAUGGGCGACAUCCCCGAUGUCAAGAACGACUUCGCCUUUAUGCUGCACCUCAUCGACCAGUACGACUCGCUGUACUCCAAGCGCUUUGCUGUCUUCCUCUCUGAGGUCAGCGAGAGCCGCCUGAAGCAGCUCAACCUCAACCACGAGUGGACUGCCGAGAAGCUGCGGCAGAAGCUGCAGCGCAAUGCCCGGGGCCGGCUGGAACUGGCCCUCUGCAUGCUCCCGGGGCUGCCGGACACGGUCUUCGAGCUCAGCGAGGUAGAGGCACUGCGGCUGGAGGCCAUCGGCGACAUCACCUUCCCCCCGGGCCUCUCGCAGCUGGUGCACCUGCAGGAGCUGAGCCUGCUCCACUCACCCGCCAGGCUUCCGUUCUCCUCGCAGAUCUUCCUGCGGGACCGCCUGAAGGUCAUCCGAAUCAAGUGCGAGGAGCUGCGGGAGGUGCCCCUCUGGGUGUUUGGGCUGCGUGGUCUGGAGGAGCUGCAUCUAGAGGGGCUCUUCCCCCCAGAGCUGGCCCGGGCAGCCACCCUCGAGAGCCUCCGGGAGCUGAAGCAGCUGAAGGUGCUGUCUCUGCGGAGCAACGCUGGCAAGGUUCCUGCCAGUGUGACUGACGUGGCUGGCCACCUGCAGCGGCUCAGCCUGCACAAUGAUGGGGCGCGUCUGUUGGCACUGAACAGCCUCAAGAAGCUGGCGGUGCUGCGGGAACUGGAGCUGGUGGCCUGCGGGCUGGAGCGCAUCCCCCACGCCGUCUUCAGCCUAGGCGCGCUGCAGGAGCUUGACCUCCGGGACAACCACCUGCGUUCCAUCGAGGAGAUCCUCAGCUUCCAGCACUGCCGCAAGCUGCUCACGCUCCGGCUGUGGCACAACCAGAUUGCCUAUGUCCCCGAGCAUGUGCGGAAGCUCCGGGGCCUCGAGCAGCUCUAUCUGAGCCACAACAAGCUGGAGACGCUGCCCACCCAGCUCGGCAUGUGCUCCAGCCUCCGCCUGCUGGACGUCUCGCACAAUGGGCUGCAUUCCCUGCCAGCCGAGCUGGGUCUCCUGCAGAAUCUUCAGCACUUGGCUCUCUCCUACAAUGCCCUGGAGUUUCUACCCGACGAGCUCUUCUUCUGCCGCAAGCUGCGGACGCUGCUCCUAGGUUACAACCAUCUGAGCCAGCUUGCACCCCAGGUGGGGGCCCUCAGGGGCCUCAGCCGCCUGGAGCUCAAGGGCAACCGGCUGGAAGCACUGCCGGAAGAGCUCGGCAACUGUGGGGGGCUCAAGAAGUCGGGGCUCCUGGUGGAGGACACCCUUUACGAUGGGCUGCCGGCCGAGGUUCGGGACCGGAUGGAGGCGGAGUGA